CUCUCUCUCUCUACUUACUCUCUUUCCAAAUCUCUACAUACACAAACACUAACACUAGCUAGUAUACUAAAGCCUUUGCAAAUUGCAAUUUUACAUAAGGAAAAUACACUAUGGCUUCAAUACCUCAAAUAAAACCAACAAAUACAUGGGGUGGUGCUCAAUUUAGCCACCCAUUUUCAUUACUAAACUCCAAAUCUAUCUCAAUGAGAAGAACUCAAUCAAGAAAAGGCAAAAUCAACUGCGCUUUGCAGUCUCCAUCAGUCAUCACUUUCCCAAAGCAGCCUUUCCCGGCGCCGGCGCUUCCCAAAGCCGAUCCCACGCCGGCGCAGUGGAAUCUGCUGCAGAGGGCCGCCGCUGCGGCCCUCGACGCUAUGGAGGGCGCGGUGGUCGCCCGCGAGCGCCGCCACGCCCUCCCGAAGACCGUGGACCCCGCAGUCCAGAUCUCCGGGAACUACGCGCCGGUGCCGGAGAAGCCGGUGCGGCACAACCUCCCCGUCACCGGCACGAUCCCAGAAUGCGUCCAGGGCGUCUACGUCCGCAACGGCGCCAACCCGCUCCACGAGCCGGUCGGCGGCCACCACCUCUUCGACGGAGACGGCAUGGUCCACGCCGUCUCCUUCAACGGCGGGAACUCGGCGAGCUACGCGUGCCGGUUCACCGAGACAGAGCGGCUCAUGCAGGAGCGGGCCCUGGGGAAGCCGGUCUUCCCCAAGGCCAUCGGGGAGCUGCACGGCCACCUCGGCAUAGCGCGGCUGAUGCUGUUCUAUGCCAGGGGCCUGUGCGGGCUUGUCGACCACAGCCGCGGGAGCGGCGUCGCCAAUGCGGGCCUCGUCUACCACGGCGGCCGCCUCCUCGCGAUGUCGGAGGACGACCUCCCGUACGAGGUCCGCGUGACGCCCUCCGGCGACCUCUGCACCAUCGGGAGGUACGACUUCUGCGGGCAGCUGAGGAGCACGAUGAUCGCGCACCCGAAAAUCGACCCCCGAACCGCGGAGAUGUUCGCCCUCAGCUACGACGUCAUUCAGAAGCCGUACCUGAGGUACUUUAAAUUCUCCACAUCGGGGGAGAAAUCUUCCGACGUGGAGAUUCCCCUCGACGUCCCCACAAUGAUGCACGACUUCUCAAUCACCGAGAAUUUCGUCGUCAUCCCCGACCAGCAAGUGGUGUUCAAGCUUCAAGAAAUGGCGAAAGGCGGCUCUCCGAUGAUCUACGACAAAGACAAAAAAUCGAGAUUCGGAGUUUUGCACAAAAACGCAACUGAUUCUGAAGAAAUCAUAUGGAUCGAGUGCGACAACACCUUCUGUUUCCAUCUCUGGAACGCGUGGGAGGAGCCCGAUCACGACGAGAUCGUCGUGAUCGGCUCAUGCAUGACUCCCGCGGACUCAAUCUUCAACGAGUCCGAUGAGAGUCUGCAGAGCGUCCUUUCAGAAAUCCGGCUCAACCUAAAAACCGGCCGGUCUACAAAGCGGUCAAUUUUGAACACGUCAGACCAGAUCAAUCUCGAAGCAGGGAUGGUGAACCGAAACCGGUUAGGCCGAAAAACACGGUUCGCCUACUUAGCCAUCGCGGAGCCCUGGCCGAAAGUGUCCGGCUUCGCAAAAGUCGACCUCUCGACCGGAGAGGUCGAAAAAUUCAUCUACGGAGAUGAAAAAUUCGGAGGCGAGCCGUUCUUCGUGCCAAACGAGAACGGCUCGGGCGAGGACGACGGCUACAUUCUAACGUACGUCCACGACGAGAAGGCGGGGAAGUCGGAGCUGUUGAUUGUGAAUGCGGCGACGAUGGAGAUGGAAGCAUCGGUGAAGCUUCCGUCGAGGGUGCCGUAUGGAUUCCAUGGAACUUUCAUUAGCAAGUCGGAUUUGGAGAAGCAGGUGUUGUGAAAUGACGGAAAUGUCCUUUGUAAAUAUUGUAAAUACAUAUACAUAUGGUCAUGAGGAGGGGUAUGGUAUGCCCGUGGGGUUUGUUAGGUUUAGAUUUUCGUCCCCGGAUCUCUCCUCUUUUACGUAAUUAAUCUCAUGUCAAUUCAA